UUUUCAGCCUCUACUCAUCUCAUUGCUGGACCAUCUUCAACACCAACAGUACAGCCCAGCAUGUUUGCUCUUCGACGGAUCAUUGCCCGCCCUAUGCUGCGCGUAGCGACGCGCCAGAUUCACGUGACGCCACGUCGCUUCGCCUCUGCCGAUCAACCGCCCAACAUGCAGCAGCUUGAGUCAAUGAUGAAUGACCCUCAUAUUCGUGAGACUUUCGAGAAGUUGAGCCGCCAUCCCCCGGCCAUUGAGGCCAUGCAGAAGAUGGGAGAUAUUAUCAAGAGCAAGGGACUUGCUACUUCAGGGCCACCGAGCAAGAUGGACAUCAUGAAGCUCAUGAUGGAUAAGGAGUUUCGUGAUGCUGCUACAAAUCUGACAACCGAAAUGCAAAAUGCUGGUGUCGAGAUCAACCCUGAUGUGACCUUUCCUGCCUGCUUCAUUCUUGCGCGCAUGUCACUGACAAUAUCCCUAGGUCUUCAUGAAGAUGAUGCAGGGUGAGAAAUGAAGUUGAUAUAUUGGUCCAGGAAAGUGUUGGGUUUAUAGCAUCAGCCAUGCCACGCGUUGCGAUGGUUUCGACAACAUAGUGUCAUUAGCUCUCAGAUAUCGAGAAAGACAGCGAAUAUUAUCCAGGACUUGAACCCAAUUGUCUUGCAAUCUAAUAUCACCAUGUGCCAGAGAUGCA